UUUUUCGCUCACCCAUGUCUACCACCGACCCAAGUGGAAAUUCCUAUGGCUACCCGGCGAAUUUAGUUACAGUCCAACCUCCGUACCAACCUGAUCCUAACACAAUUACUGAGAUUGAGGAAAAUGUUUCUUCGAAGGAGGAGAAAAAAGAAGAAAAAAGAGGUUUGUGUUGCGGAAUAUGGAACUUUUGUACAACUUCCUUAGAACCCGCUACUGCAGAAAAAAAGAAGGUGAAGCCCAAGGGGAAACCCGGCGACAGAGGGGAAGAUCCUGAUCAAUUAUUGGCAAGAUUUUGUACUCCCUUCUGCAAAUGUUUUUGUUGUAUUGGUUAUUUCCUUAUACAUAUCCCCCUCGGGUGGAAAUGAUUUAACAAGGGGGCCGUUUCUCGUGAGCGUGGGAAAAUUUUACCGUUGAAAAGUGAUUUCCUUCAGUUUUCAUGUAUUUAAAAUCGAUUUCAUACUUUUUUUUCCGAUUUCCACUGGAGGAGACUGUGUUAAAUGUAUCAUGAUAGUACGGCCAUUCUAUCCGAAAAAUGUUUAUUGUGUUUAAAUGUUUUCUAUUGAUCCUAUGUACAUUUGUUAAGACUUGUGUAAUACAUGGUUAGCAAUUUUCGUGAAAUUUGGAAAAUGAAAAUUUUAUGCAUUU